AUGGCGCUCUGGCAGCGAUGGCAGGCCCUGAGGAAUGUUUUACAUCCCGUGAAGACGCUGGGCUGCUCGUUGCUCCACAACGAGGCCGAGGCAGCGCGGCAGCAAUCAGAGGUCGCAGCGCGCGAGGCAGGCGGCGCCCGCCAGCACUCCGGCAUAGACGUUUUUGACAGGGAGCUCAAGCGCGCCCACCGCGCACGCGCGGCCGCGCUGCGGCGCCGCGACGACCCGCUGCUCUCGACCGUGGCGGAGCGCCUGCUGGACCGCCUUGAGGACUGCGUCGCCAAGUUUCCCACAGCAGUUAUCCUCGGCGGCGCAGGUGACUAUGUUGCGGAGCGGCUGCCCCUGGGGCGGCGUGGCGUGGAGCGCGUCAUCCACAUCGACACGUCACCGGAGAUGAUACGGCUGGCUCAGGAACGGCGGGCGCAGCGGCAGGCGGACGACCCUUCGAAGCAGUGGCCGGAGGUCCACUAUCUAGUGGGGGACGAGGAGAGCCUUCCGCUCGCUCCUGGCAGCGUCGACGUUGUCAUCAGCUGCCUGGGCCUCCAUUGGGCCAAUGACCUGCCGGGUGCGAUGGCUCAGGCCCGCCUGGCGCUGCGCCCCGACGGUCUGUUCCUGGCGGCCAUGUACGGCGGCGAGACCCUGCAGGAGCUGCGCAUCGCGUGCGCCGUGGCGCAGCAGGAACGGGAGGGCGGCGUGUCGCCGUUUGUGUCGCCGCUCGCACAGGUGCGCGACGCCGGCAACCUCCUGACGCGCGCUGACCUGGCGCUGCCCACCGUCGACGUUGACUCAUUCGUCAUGAACUACCCCUCCCCCCUCGAGCUCGUCUCCCACCUCCGCUCCAUGGGCGAGAGCAGCGCGCUCGCCUCGCGGCGCCGCGGGCCGCUGCGGCGGGGGUCCGCGCUGGCGGCGGCGGCGGCGUAUCAGGGGAUGUUUCCUGCUGAGGGGGGCGAGGGCAUCGCUGCCACGUACCAGGUGAUGUACAUGACCGGCUGGUCUCCCUCCAAAUCGCAGCCGCGCGCCGCCAAGCGCGGGUCAGCCAACAUCACAUUUGAGGAGUUUGCGGCGCAGCUUGAGAGCAGGGGCGAGGGGGGCGAUGGCCCCGCGCCCCAGUCGCCGCAGCAACCACCCGGGAAAGCGGCUUGA